GGUUUUGACGAUGAUGUUGAAAAUGUCAUCCGUUUAAACGAUAUUGGUGGCGCGACGGCAGCAGAUCAAAGUGAACAAUGUUUCUUGCAAUUUGAUGAAUGCAACAUUUCGGAAUUGCUUUCCUGUGCUCCUGGUAUGAAUGGUAAAGGCUUAACGGAGGAAGAUGUGGCAUCUAUGGACACUGUCAUCAUCGAGAGCACUGAUAAUUUAGCAGAUUUAUUGGAAACUGUUGACAUCAGCAAGCCAGCCUCAUCUCUUUCCGGAAAUGCUGAGGAUGGUCAUCCCAAGAGCAGCGAGGGUGCAGCUGUUGACUCAAAAACUGAUACGGAUGUUACGGACAACGAAUUUGAGCAGUUAAUCAUAACACUUGAUGACGACGACGUCCCAUCAUCGAGCGGCAACGGUGGUGCGCAAGGGCAGUUCAGAGAAUUCUGUUAUGCUCAUGUGCUGGAUACAUCGUCAAAUGUGCCUCAAAUAAUUCUCAUUUUUUUGCAGUAUCCAUUCGAACUGGACCCAUUUCAACAGCAGGCAGUAGUUUGCCUGGACCGUGGUGAUUCGGUAUUUGUUGCAGCACAUACAUCAGCUGGUAAAACAGUUGUAGCUGAGUAUGCUGUUGCUCUUUGCAGCUUACAUAAAACGAGGGCUGUCUAUACAUCGCCAAUAAAAGCACUUUCGAAUCAGAAGUUUCGCGAAUUCAAGCUGAUUUUUGAAGACGUCGGUUUAAUAACUGGUGAUAUACAGUUACAUCCGGAAGCAUUUUGCCUAAUUAUGACAACUGAAGUUUUGAGGUUUGAUUUUUGUUAA